CAAUGGCGAAGAAGAGCAGUAACAUGAUAAUCUAUAUGACAUUGGUUAUAAUAACCGUAUGUGCAGUUUUCAUCUGGAAAUUCUCGGGCUUCAAUCAUGAGGAUGGCAAGUUCAAUAAGAUCCUGGUGUCGUUUUUGGCGGUCACUCUACUUCGGAUAAUUAUUUGUACGCCCAUCAAUUUCACAAUAAUAUCCCUCGAUGCCGCCUGGUGGCCACCUCAUCUAUUCUCCGGACCCCCCGAUGAAAAGCCAAAGGUUGAGUCCUUAAUGGAGAAAUUAAGACUAAGACUUCGGACAUUGCGCAGUGAGCUGAUCAUCACGGAAAGCCAUCGAAAUGAGGAGGUUAAUCUGAAGUAUCGCGGCAUAACCGAAGAACUUUUUCUAACGGCCAAGCUAUUUCUGGUAUUUCUCGGCAUGGUUUUGGUCUCGUUUGAUCAUUUUCUCUACUAUAACACGGAAGGCAUGCAAUACCUCUUCGAGUAUGACCAUAAAUAUACGCGCGGACUAUCAAGUUUGUCUCGGCUGCCGGAUGUUUAUAACUUCAUGGAAUAUACCCUGAUCCAUGCUUUUACGGAUGGCAGCAAUACGAGUGGAGGUGCUCCUUGGGUAAAUGGGGAAUCCACGAGAUUGUUGGGCGUGGUGCGAUUGAGGCAGCUGAGGACGGAUGAUAACCACGUGGGCUUGCGACAGCCUGUUUUCACGGAAAGGGAUUACAUGGAGGGCUGGAAAUUGCCAUAUCAACGAAAACCGUAUACGAAUAAAUUCUGGACCAUUUAUCGGCCCUGGGUGUCGCGUGUUACCAGUUUCCGGUACAAUCUGAUCCUGGGCAUCACUCAUUACGGUGAAUUUCUCUCUUAUCCGGAAUCAAAGGGCUACACAAUCCUGCUCUCGGACACGCGCCUUAAAAGUCUGAUGAUUCUUGAUUACUUAUUCGAUAAUCAGUGGCUGGAUUCGAAUACGAGUGCUCUAUUCAUGGACUUCACUUUGUACAAUGCGGACGCGAAUGUCUUUAGCGUGUGCACACUGUGGGUGGAGCAUUUUCCCUUCGGUGGUAUUUGCACGCACAUUCAAGUCGAAAGCAACGUUUUCGUGGAUCAAAUACAAGAUUUUCCGCUGAGCGGCAUGCUGAUGUUAUUCAUAUUUGUCAUCAUCUGGCUGCAGUUUGCCAAGACGUUUUUCGUCAAGAUCUGGUACGACCCGCGUUUGCUGAAGACCCUGUGGAUCCAGUUGGACGCCAUGAUCGUGAUCCUCAGUUUGAUGACUGCACUGAUCUUGGGGAUCCGGGACAACCGGGUCCAAUCGAUGAUACAGAACGUGGAAAUCGCUGUGAUGACGCAGUUUAUCGAUUUUCGCGAACCAUCACAACUCACCUACUUUGCCAGUGUUCUCAAGGGUUUCGCCGUGGCUCUGGUCACCAUGCGGCUGUGGAAGGUGAUGCAGUUUUCCGGAACUUUUCAGCUCUUCACCAAAACAUUUUCGAUGGCAUGGAAGGCGCUCCUUUGCACUCUCGUUUGCACGAUCGUAUUUAUUGUGGCCAUUGGCGUUGCAGCUGUCACAAUUAAUGGCAAUCACUCAAUUCAAUUCAGUGAUAUGUCCUCGGGCAUUGUGGCACUCACUUGUUUUGCCUUUGGCUAUAACGAUCACGUGGAUCCGGAAGAUUUAUUUAAUGGCGGCAUGUGGCUGGGCCUUGUAUUGUAUGCCAUGUUGGGCUUUGUGGUCAAGUUUCUGCUAAUCAAUUUGAUAGUAUCCCUGUUGAAGAUUCAAUUGACGACUGCCAAAGAAAGAAGGGAUCACAAAGAAAAGCACCGCAUAUCGUUCUUCCAAUUUCUACGCGUGGAGUAUGCCGACUUUAUUAAUUUUAUACUUAAAGUGACUGGCCUCAAAAAGAGGUAUUAUCGGAAAAAUCGCACAGUGGCUGAGAAUAUUAAACAAAAACUGGAUCAUGACGAACGGAUGGGAAAAAUGGAGAAGCAGAGGAAAGAGGAACUAAGAUCGAUGCAUAAUAACCCUAAUAAUGCGGAUAUUCUUCAAUUGAGAUACAGAGAGCGUAUCGAGCGGACCUUCACUUUGGCCGCAAUUCUCCAAACGCAAAUGGAACUGAUUGAGCGGCUUAUGUUCGGGGAUGAAGAGGGAAAUCUGCCGGACGAAAAACAAGAUGAGGAGCCUGGUCCGUCGAGUCAAAAUCCAUAA